AUGGCCAAAGUAGAAGUCAGUGUGGAGUGUGAGUUUUGUAAAAAAAGGUUUGGAUCCAAAUCCACCCUUGGACGCCAUUUGGACCUGCGCAAGGGCGAUGUGGAUCACCCCGAAGAAGAAAUUCAGAAGAUCCGGGCCAAUGUUGUUCGACGAGGCGAAAAGCGAGAUGUCGCCCUCCUGAAAGCCCGAAGACAAAAAGUGUCCCGGGCGUACAAUUCCAGCGAAAACGUCAGAGAAAAGAAUAAGCUUCGGCGCAAAAGGCGAGACAAGCGUAUCAGCGCUCGUCUCAAGGCCACCGACUGGUUCCUCGACAAGCUCACGAGACAGGCCGCUACCGAAAAGACUCAAUUGGAUUUCCCAUCGUUUAUCGCUACCUACCUUGGACCUUCACAAUGGCCUAAAGACGGCAAUGUUCCCACGGGGGAUCAGUUUAAUUGCUUGAUAGGAAAAAUCGAGGGUGGUUUGCUGAGUAUCGACGUGAACAGGCUAUUUUCUGCCUAUGGCGCGUGGACGAAUCUUUACAUUUACGAGCAGGAGGAAGCUUGGCAGAGGGCUGUUGAACAGGCGCUAAGGCGUCAUUUAGGAGACACCAGCUUGUGGGAGGUGAGUCGUGCGAGGGAGCUUGUGGCGCAGAAGCAGGAGGAGGUGCUCAGUGGGGGAGCGGAAUUGGUAACGUUUGAAGAUGAUGAGACCCCAGGAUAA